AUUCCUUACUCUCUCUCCUAGUAUUUAAGAAGUGGCAACAACAACCAAACAAAUAAAUAAAAUGAAACUACCAUCAUAUCAUAUGGAUUAAAUAUCAUUAUAAAAUAUUUUGUUUAUUCCUAAUCUCCCGUCUCUCCUUCUCCUAUAAAAUCACCAACACAAAAGCCUUCAAAAAAUUUGCAUAAUCUGACUCCUAAAUCAUCUCUCCCUUCACGCACAAACACCAUCAUGGUAGAAACCAGAAGCGGCUCCUCUUCUUCUUCCAAGCGCUCUCUCUCUUCACCUUCUGCCCCCAACAUGAAACGAUCCAAGGUGUCAGAGGAUUACUCACCCACCAACGUGCAAUCUGUGGCUCCAGCAAGCGAAUCUGGGGAACCGGAACUACGACCCUCUGAUCUGCCAGUUACGGCUUCGUUGAAGGGUGUGGAUGAUUGUGACAUGGAAAAGUCUCCUCCUGAAGCCGAGGUUUUGGUGCCACCCCAGUAUGUAGGUGUACCUGCGGAGAAUUUGGCUGGUGUAGGAGCUGCACCUAGUCGGUUGAAGAAACAUAAUGUGAAAUUGAGUCCCAAGACUGCGUGGGGAAAGCUCUUAUCUCAGUGUUCUCAGAAUCCUCACGUGUCCAUGAGUGAACCUAUCUUCACUGUCGGUCAAGGUGGAAAUUGUAAUUUAUGGCUUGAAGAUCCCACCAUUGUUGGUGUUUUGUGCAAGUUGAGCCACAUAGAGUGUGGAGGUUCAUCUGGUGCACUACUGGAAAUAACAGGGGGCAAAGGUUUUAUUCACGUUAAUGGGAGGAUUCAUAGAAAGAAUGCUCGACUAAUUUUAAGUGGAGGUGACGAGGUUGUCUUUGGUUCAUCUGCUAAGUAUGCUUAUAUCUUUCAGCAGCUGACGAAUGAUAAUAUUAGUACUGCUGAUAUACCUUCUGUGAGUAUUUUGGAAGCCCAGAGUGCUCCAAUAAAUGGAAUGCAGGUUGAAGCUAGAUCUGGCGACCCUUCUGCUGUUGCUGGAGCAUCUAUAUUGGCCUCUUUGUCUAAUAUUCGUAAAGAAUUAUCUCUCCUUCCACCUACUGCUAAAACCUGCCAGAAUGUGCAACAGGACACUGACAUUUCUUCACUACCUUCUGGCAUUGGGGAUGAUAUCCCAGUCAAUGACAUGAAGGAUACCACCGAUAAUGAUGAACCAGCUGGAGAACUUUCUGCUGAGAAAACUGUUCUUGCAUCCUCUACCACUGUUAACAAAAAUCCUAGCCUUGACACAGUGGAUGUUGAUACCAAUAUUGAUGCAGAUGUUGGGAAGAUGACUGCUGCUAGAUGCGAAUUAAGACCAAUACUGCACAUGCUUGCUGGUUCAUGUCCUGAAUUUGAUUUAAAUGGCAGCAUUUCCAAGAUAUUGGGAGAGCAAGGGGAAUUAAGAGAACUCCUUAAAGAUGUUGAUACCCCAACAGUGUUGGCAUCCACCAAGCAGCAAGCAUUUAAGGACAGUUUACAACAGAGAAUUCUCAAAGCUGAUAAUAUUGAUGUUUCAUUUGAAACUUUCCCAUAUUAUCUAAGUGAUACAACCAAGAACGUUUUGAUAGCUUCUACAUUUAUCCAUUUGAAGUGCAAUGGCUUUGGAAAAUAUGCCGACCUUCCAUCAUUGUCUCCGCGGAUAUUGUUAUCUGGUCCUGCAGGUUCGGAAAUAUAUCAGGAGACUUUGUCCAAGGCACUUGUGAAGCAUUUUGGUGCCAGGCUACUAAUUGUGGAUUCUCUUUCACUGCCUGGUGGAUCAUCGGCAAAGGAAGUUGAUUCUGCCAAAGAAAGUUCUAGGCCUGAAAAACCAUCUGUGUUUUCUAAGAGAAAUGCUCAGAUUGCCGCAUUGCAGCAUAAGAGACCCACAUGUAGUGUCGAUGCUGAAAUUAUAGGUGGAUGCAAACUAAAUACUCAGGUUAUGCUGAAGCAAGAGGUUUCUACUGCAUCAUCAAAAGGCGCUACCCUCAAAAAGGGUGAUCGAGUAAAAUUUAUUGGUAGCUUUCCUUCUGCUGUCUCAUCGCUACCAAAUAAUAUUUCAAGGGGACCGAGCUAUGGCUCCCGGGGCAAAGUUCUCCUGGCUUUUGAAGAUAAUGGGGCUUCAAAAAUUGGGGUUAGGUUUGAUAAAUCAAUUCCAGAUGGCAAUGAUCUUGGUGGCCUUUGCGAAGAUGAUCGUGGGUUCUUCUGUUCUGCAAAUCAUUUACUACGGGUAGAUGGCUCUGGAGCGGAUGACCUUGGCAAAGUUGCAAUUAAUGAAAUUUUUGAGGUUGCAUCAAAUCAGAGUAAAAGUGGCGCACUUGUGUUGUUCAUUAAAGAUAUAGAGAAGGCAAUGGUUGGCAACUCUGAAAUUUUAAAAAGUAAAUUUGAAAGCUUGCCACCAAAUAUCGUGGUAAUUGGUUCUCACACCCAGUUGGAUAAUCGUAAGGAGAAGACUCAAACUGGCGGCCUUCUGUUUACCAAGUUUGGAAGCAAUCCGACAGCACUACUUGAUCUUGCUUUUCCGGAUAACUUGAGUAGACUGCAUGAUAGGAGCAAAGAAACCCACAAAGUCAUGAAGCAACUUAAUCGCCUUUUUCCAAACAAAGUGACUGUACAGUUGCCUCAGGACGAGGCUUUACUUUCUGACUGGAAGCAGCAGUUAGAUCGUGACAUUGAAACUAUGAAAGCUCAGUCCAAUGUUGUCAGCAUUCGCUCAGUUCUCAACAGAAUUGGAUUGGUUUGCCCUGACCUUGAGACUCUUUGCAUUAAAGACCAUGCCCUAACAACCGAGAGUGUGGAGAAGAUCAUUGGAUGGGCUAUAAGUUACCAUUUUAUGCAUUCAUCUGAAGCUUCUACAAGAGAUUCUAAGCUUGUAAUAUCUGCAGAAAGCAUUAAGUAUGGACUUAACAUUCUACAGGGAAUUCAAAAUGAGAACAAGAAUGUGAAAAAAUCACUCAAGGAUGUGGUUACUGAGAAUGAAUUUGAGAAAAAACUACUUGCUGAUGUUAUUCCACCAACUGAUAUUGGGGUCACAUUUGAUGAUAUUGGAGCUUUAGAAAAUGUGAAGGACACCUUGAAGGAAUUGGUCAUGCUUCCUCUUCAGAGGCCUGAAUUGUUUAGUAAAGGGCAGCUGGCCAAGCCUUGCAAGGGAAUAUUGCUUUUUGGGCCCCCUGGCACAGGAAAAACAAUGCUUGCAAAGGCUGUAGCAACUGAAGCUGGAGCAAAUUUUAUUAACAUUUCAAUGUCCAGCAUAACUUCCAAGUGGUUUGGUGAAGGAGAAAAAUAUGUCAAAGCAGUCUUUUCUUUGGCCAGCAAAAUUGCUCCUAGUGUCAUUUUUGUCGAUGAGGUUGAUAGUAUGUUAGGAAGGCGUGAAAAUCCUGGUGAGCACGAGGGCAUGCGUAAAAUGAAGAAUGAGUUCAUGGUUAAUUGGGAUGGUUUGCGAACAAAAGAUAAAGAACGAAUACUUGUUCUUGCUGCUACAAACAGACCUUUUGAUCUUGAUGAAGCUGUUAUUAGGAGGCUUCCACGAAGAAUGAUGGUUAAUCUGCCAGAUGCUCCAAAUAGAGAAAAAAUUGUCAGUGUUAUUUUGGCAAAAGAAGAUUUGGCACCUGAUGUUGAUUUUGAAGCAAUAGCAAAUAUGACUGAUGGAUAUUCAGGGAGUGACCUAAAGAAUAUGUGUGUCACAGCAGCUCACUGCCCAAUAAGAGAGAUCUUGUUGAAGGAAAAGAAGGAGAAAAACUUGGCAUUAGCUGAGAACCAACCUUUACCUGGGUUGUGUAGCAGUAGCGACAUUCGUCCCUUAAAGAUGGAGGAUUUUAGAUAUGCACAUGAGCAGGUUUGUGCUAGCGUGUCAUCAGAUUCAAGAAAUAUGAAUGAACUACUCCAAUGGAACGACCUCUAUGGAGAAGGUGGAUCAAGAAAAAUGAGAUCUCUGAGCUAUUUCAUGUAAAGCUUCAUGUAUAGCAUUUAUUGGUUAGGCAAUUCUUCUAUCACCUAAGUGGUGUGUGUAACAAGGUCAGCAGUGAACGAUUGAUGUGAAAACCCCAUCAUUGGCUCUGCCUUUAUUGCUGCCUCGAAAUUUUUCUAAGUGUAAUUCGUUUGACAAUUUCACUGGGAUAGCUUAAUUUUAGGUCCCCUUUCGAUCCAACUCUUUUUCUUUCCCAUUAUUCUUUCCCCGGGCUUUAUCGGGCACCCGGUGGGCUUUAUCAUGUACCCGGUUCUUGUCUUUUGGCGUGUAAAUAUCCAGUUAAGUUUAUAAUAGAGAUUAUAGAUCUCAAAUAUAUUUAGACAAA